UAGAGAAAUCGAUUCAGUCAGUGACAGCAUCUCAAAUGGCGUCCAAUUUAACCCCCUUAACUUCCCGCCUAACCCUUCUCCGCAAGCCCUCAAUCCGCUUUUCCACUAAAGCUGUCCAAAAUUUGCAAUUCAUACCCAAAUUGAGCAGACCCCUAACGCCUUUUCUCCAUCGGACAACUGAUUUUGUUUCGGUCCAUUAUUCGUCUUGCCGGAAGGCGCGAGCCAUUAAUGCGUCAAGCCAAGAUGAGGAAUUGGUUGUUCUUGGUAUUGAAACUAGUUGCGACGACACUGCGGCUGCAGUAGUUCGGAGCAAUGGAGAAAUCCUUAGCCAAGUCGUGUCUUCACAGGCUGAUCUGCUUGUUCGGUAUGGGGGAGUUGCUCCUAAGAUGGCAGAAGAAGCACAUUCAUUGGUGAUUGAUCAGGUAGUGCAGGAAGCUCUUGAUAAAGCAAAAUUAACUGAGGAAGACCUUUCUGCAGUUGCUGUUACAAUUGGUCCGGGUUUAAGCCUUUGCCUGCGUGUUGGUGUUAGGAAAGCUCGGAAACUUGCUGGGGCAUAUGCUCUACCCAUUAUUGGCGUUCAUCACAUGGAAGCUCAUGCCUUGGUUGCAAGGUUAUUUCAAAGCGAUUUACAGUUCCCUUUCAUGGCCUUCCUCAUCUCAGGCGGUCAUAAUCUACUUGUUCUUGCGCGUGAUCUUGGCCAUUACAUACAACUUGGGACCACGAUAGAUGAUGCUAUUGGAGAGGCAUAUGAUAAGACGGCCAAAUGGCUUGGUCUUGAUAUGAGGAAGAGUGGAGGCCCUGCUGUAGAGGAGCUGGCUCGAGAGGGUGAUGAAAAAUCUAUUAAAUUCAAGGUUCCCAUGAAACAGCACAAAGACUGCAAUUUCUCUUAUGCAGGUCUGAAGACUCAAGUCAGAUUGGCAAUUGAAUCCAAAAAUAUUGAUGCUGCAAUACAUGUUGCUGAAGCUAGUGAGGAAGACAGAAAGGCUCGGGCUGAUAUUGCAGCCUCUUUUCAGCGGGUUGCAGUGCUGCAUUUAGAAGAAAAAUGUGAACGAGCGAUUGAAUGGGCAAUGGAGAUCGAGCCUUCUGUGAAGCAUCUGGUAGUCUCAGGAGGCGUUGCAUCCAACCAAUAUGUCAGGUCUCGCCUCAAUAAGAUAAUCGAGAAGAAAGGCCUGCAACUUGUAUGCCCUCCUCCCAGUCUUUGCACUGACAAUGGUGCAAUGAUUGCGUGGGCCGGCAUCGAGCAUUUCCGCAUGGGAAGAUACGAUCCUCCGCCGCCUGCAUGUGAACCGGAGGAUGCUGUGCUUGAUCUGCGGCCAAGGUGGCCGUUGGGCGAGGAAUUAGCUCAGGGAAGAAGUGAAGCGCGGUCGAUGAAAACAGCUCGGAUUCAUCCCUCGCUCACCUCUCUGAUUCAAGCAUCUAUGCAGCAGCAGCAGCAGCAGCCUUGAGCUCAAGAAUAUUUGUAUGGGUUGGUUUAUAUUCUUGUAUAUUACCUUAAAUUAUUUUUAUAUUUUUGUAUAUUCCCUUGUAUUCUAGUACAGUUUGAUUUUUGUGUUAAGUUGCAAACGUGAAUUGCUUGAGAGUGGAGUUUUCAUGAUU